AUGUUUGCGACGCUGCCAGACUUCACGCCCCGAGACUCACACUCGCUGUGGUACACGUCGUCGCGGGCACCGGUCCCCUCCCACGGGCUCUACGACGCCCACCACGCGGACCACCACCACAACAAUCACCACCAUGCGGGCAACGGCCACGCGGCGGCGGCGGCGGCCGGGAGCCACCACGCGCGCUCGCAGCGCGGCCACGUCAUGGAGCGCACCGCCCUGGCGCGCCUCGCCGCCGACGAGCAGUACAUGCACCGCCGGAGGCUGAAUGUGCAGAACUUUGGCAGCGGCUGGCUGAAGCCCCCCGGCGUGCCCAAGACGCUGCACCAGAUGCGCGAGGAGAAGCGCGAGCAGGAGGAGCACCAGGAGGCGCUGCGCCGCGAGCAGGUUGCCCAGGAGCUCGCCGAGGCCGAGGCCGCGGGCAUGCCCGAGGACAACAUGAUGGACGACGUGCAGCUCGACGGCGCGCAGGACCUUGAUGACGACAUACCGGACGCUGACGCUGAUGACCACUUUGACAUGGGCAGCGACGAUGAGGACGAAGAGGACGAGGAUGAGGAUGACGAGGGUGACGAGGAGGACGAGGGCGUCGGUGGGGACGCGAAUGGCGACGACGACGAGGCCCUGCGCGAGGAGAGGCAAAACGACCUCAUGGCCGCGCGCAUGCGCAUGGCCGACGACGCGUUCCGCGAGGCCCUCGUGCGCGGCGACACGGACGCCGACGAGCUCUACGUCGGCGACGAGAUCGACCCGGAGGAGGAGGAGCACGGCCACAUGCUCGAGGAGGACGACUUUGCGAGCCACCUGGCCCCCGGCGGAUCCGACGACGACGGCAUGGGCGCGGACCUGGACGACGACAUUCCCGAGGCAGAGAGCGGGGGCUACGAGCACACGGACUCUGAGGCGGAGCUUAGCAGUAGCAGUGGCGGUGGUGGCGGCGGCGGAGGUCCUUACGAUGACGACGACGACGAAGACGAUGAUGAGGAAGGGGAUGAGGAUGAGGAUGAGGGUGACGAUGAUGACCAUGACAUUGGCUUCGCGCCUCGGGCGGCGCCCCUGGGUCCCCCGCAGUCGCCUACCCUGCGCGGGAGGGCGAGCCUCGCGGCGCCGCGCGCGAGCAUGGACCUGAGCAACCUGCUGUCCCAGGACGAGAGCAGCUUCAUGGACAGCAGCCCUGCGGCAGGGCGGCGUGCCCGACACGGGUGA